UUUUUUUUAAAUUUUUUACACUGUCCACAUCUGUAUCUGUGAGGCCCCUUUGGCUUUAUGUUCUGGACAUUUUGCACCAUGUUUGUAUUCAUUCAUUCAUCUGCUUAAAUAAAAAGAUAAUAAUUAUAUUUUGAAAUGUGUGAACAAUCUUGAUAUAGGAAUAGGGGUUUUGCUGUGUGAAGAAUCACACACAGUAACAGGUGUGAAGCUGUAAGAAGAGAUAAAAUUCCCCAAAGGGCAAAAAGAAUUCUGCAUCCUUUACAGUUAAAAAAAACAGCAUGGAAUUCACACACUAACCACAUUUCCCAGAUCUCUCAAGAAAAUAAUACCCUUUAUUUUUUUGGCUCAAGAUUGCAACUUUAUCAUCUGGGCUUCUUUCCUUGGUUGUUUUUUCUUUUUAUAUCUGUAAUUUAAGGUAGUUUUUAGGGACAGAAUUGGAAAGAAAGGAUUUUUUUUUUUUUUUGCUUUAAAGGAUUCUGAUUCCUGGGGGGUUGCUGCUUUUUAAUUGGUCUGAUUCUGUUUGGGAUGAGUUAAUGCGUUGUGUGUGUGGAGAAUGUGGCCCUUGUUCUGUAAUGGGAAUGAGAAUUAUGCAGAGAAGGUGAAUUUUUUGGAGUGAAUUUUUUUGCUAUUACCAGAGUAUGGAAAUAGUGAAAUCUCUGUUCUGGCAAGUUGUAUUGCUGGUUUUGGCAAUGGUUAAGGGCUCUUACUCAACCCUAUCUCCUUCUGGUGUCAACUAUGAAGUUGUUGCUUUAAUUGCUAUAAAGAGUGACUUACAUGAUCCAUACAAUGUACUGGAGAAUUGGGAUGCUAAUUCUGUGGAUCCUUGUAGUUGGAGAAUGGUUACUUGUUCCCCAGAUGGUUAUGUUUCUGCUCUAGGAUUGCCCAGUUUGAGCUUGUCCGGUACCUUAUCGCCUGGAAUUGGCAACCUCACGAAUUUACAGUCUGUGUUGCUGCAGAAUAAUGAAAUUACGGGUUUGAUUCCGCCGGUUAUUGGGAAAUUAGAAAGACUCCAAACACUUGAUCUCUCAAACAACAAGAUCACCGGUGAAAUUCCCAAUUCUUUAGGGAAUUUAUACAAUUUAAAUUAUCUACGGCUUAACAACAACAGCCUUGGUGGAGCUAUUCCCGAUUCUCUUUCCAAAGUCGAAAGCCUCACACUCGUGGACCUUUCCUACAAUAACUUUAGUGGCUCUUUGCCGAAAAUUUCCGCUAGAACUUUCAAAAUAGUUGGAAACCCUCUAAUUUGCGGUCAAACUUCUCAAAAUAAUUGUUCGGUUGUUUAUCCAGAGCCACUGUCCUUCCCACCCGACGCCACACAAGAACAAUCCGAAUCCAGGGCAAAACAUCACAUAGCGAUUGCAUUUGGGGCAAGCUUUGGUGGUGCAUUUUCGAUUAUUAUCAUCGCUGGCUUGCUGUUUUGGUGGCGUUACAGGCAUAAUCAACAAAUUUUCUUCGAUGUUAAUGAACAAUACGAUCCAGAAGUGCGUUUAGGUCAUUUAAGAAGGUACACUUUUAAAGAACUCAGAGCAGCAACCGACCAUUUCAACGCGAAGAACAUAUUAGGUAGUGGAGGAUUCGGUGUAGUAUACAAAGGCCGAUUGAACAACGGUACUAUAGUGGCGGUUAAAAGGCUAAAAGACUAUAAUGCCCAUGGCGGAGAAAUUCAGUUUCAGACAGAAGUUGAGCUCAUCAGUUUGGCUGUCCACAGAAACCUCCUCCGACUUUGGGGCUUCUGCUCUAACGAAAACGAACGCCUCCUAAUUUACCCUUACAUGUCAAACGGCAGCGUUGCAUCAAGGCUUAAAGAUAAUAUAAAUGGAAGGCCCGUUUUAGAUUGGUCGAGGAGGAAGAGCAUAGCACUCGGUACGGCUAGGGGAUUGGUGUACUUGCACGAGCAAUGUGACCCUAAAGUAAUCCACCGCGAUGUGAAGGCGGCCAAUAUUUUAUUGGACGAAGAUUUCGAGGCGGUGGUGGGUGAUUUUGGACUGGCCAAGCUAUUGGACCAUCGGGAUUCUCAUGUUACAACCGCGGUGCGUGGGACCCUCGGCCACAUUGCACCCGAGUACUUGUCAACCGGCCAAUCCUCGGAAAAAACGGACGUAUUUGGAUUUGGAAUCUUGCUUCUUGAGCUCAUCACGGGCCAUAAGGCGGUGGAUUUUGGGCGGGGGGCGAACCAAAAAGGGGUGAUUCUUGAUUGGGUUAAGAAGCUUCAUCAAGAGGGGAAGUUGAAUCUAAUGGUGGACAAAGAACUAAAGAGCGAUUUCGACAUGAUCGAACUGGAAGAAAUGGUGCAGGUGGCGCUACUGUGCACCCACUUUAAUCCUACGCAUCGCCCUAAAAUGUCGGAAGUUUUGAGAAUGCUCGAAGGAGAUGGAUUAGCAGAAAAGUGGGAGCAAUCGCAAAAAGUCGACACUCCGAGGUACAACAACAGCAGAUCGUUUCAAAAUCUGCCGCAAAGAUAUUCCGAUUAUAUAGAGGAAUCUUCGCUUGUGGUUGAGGAUAUGGAACUUUCUGGACCAAGAUAGGGUUCGGGUUUUGUUCGUCGUCGUCUUCACAUUGUCUCUAUUGUUAUAAAUGGAGGUUGUUUGAUGAACUUGAGCUAUGUCUAUAGUUUGUUGGAUAAAUAUGUAUUUCACCUGUAAAAAGAAAGGGAAAAGUCAUCAGUCAUGUACAAACAAGACAUUUACUUUUUUUGUCCAUGAGUAUUUUAUUAGAUUAAUGGAGAUUCAAUUCAAUUUUUGGAAAUCCAGAGUGAUUCUCUAUUACAAUCAUGGGUAAAUUACAUCUAUAUGCCCCUAUGAUUAGGUGUAAUUAUAUUUUUGUUUAGAGGAAAAAUUAUACAUA